AAACAGCAGACUUAGUGAUACCAGAGUGGUACUAACGAGGCUAGAUUAAUAACAUACAUCCAGGCACCUUGCCGAGCAUGGUGAUCUGGGUGUGAUUCUUCCCUGUCCUCUCGUUUUAUGUGUACAAGAUGGCCAAGGGCCGAAAAUUUCGUUAAUAAAGACAAUAAUAAUUAAAAAUAAAAGUUUUGUCUGUUCAGCCCGUCCAGCCACAUCCAGCCAUUCACAGAGCUCACAACCACAUAUGAACAAAGUUGCAAUAUUCCCCAUCCGUAAACACUGCACCUUCUCGUUAGUCGUUGCCAUUCUCCAGUCCGGCACGAACGCAAAUGCCAUCAUGGUAAUUUUAUUGCUGCUCUCCCUAGUGAUAACAUUAGGGCUGGGGUUCACCUUUAUUCACCGAAAAUGUUUGCAAUUUCGUAACCUUGCGGGACCACUGGAAUGGCCCAUCGUCGGAAGCGCUGCUGAAAUAGUGAAUCUGAAUUCGGUUGACAUAUUCAAACUACUUCGAAGGUACGCUCAGCAGUAUGGAACCGCUUAUAAGAUCAGCUUUUGGUACCAAUACACGCUGGUGUUCGCAAAACCGAACGUUGUUGAGAAAAUCCUCAACACCCAAUCGUACGCCGCAAAGUCCGAAGACUACGACAAGGUUGCCGAAUGGAUCGGCUACGGUUUGCUCAUUUCCAAGGGCGAAAAAUGGUUCAAGCGACGCAAAGUUCUCACCCCAGGUUUUCACUUUAAAAUUUUGGAAAGCUUCCUGCGAGUUUUCAACGAAAAAAGCGACGUCCUGUGCCGCAAACUAGCGUCCUUCGGUGGGUCAGAGAUAGACGUAUUUCCCAUAUUGAAACUGUAUACCCUGGAUGUACUAUGCGAAACUGCUCUUGGUUAUAGCUGCAAUGCACAGACCGAGAAUUCAUUCUACCCAACUGCUGUGGAAGAGCUGAUGUCGAUCUUGUAUUGGCGGUUUUUCAAUCUGUUCGCCAGUGUGGAUACGUUCUUCCGGUUCACUAAAGAGUAUAGAAGAUUUCACAAGCUAAUCAAAGAUACUCGGGAGUUUACGCUGAAAAUAAUCAACCAGAAGAGACAGCUGCUCAAAGAUGAGCCAGAAGAGGCGGCACUUGAUGAUGACGUCGAUAAAAGGAAAAAGAAAAUGGCAUUGUUAGAUUUGUUGCUCCGAGCAACUAUAGAUGGAAAACCGCUAACGGAUGACGAUAUCCGAGAGGAAGUAGACACAUUCACGUUCGCUGGACAUGACACUACUUCAUCCGCGUUGACAUUUUUGCUGUUCAACAUAGCAAAGUACCCCGAGGUUCAGCAGAAGUUGUACGAAGAAAUAAGUACUGUAGUUGGCUGCACCACGGACCUGACCCUGCCAAUUCUGAAUGAUUUGCGCUAUCUGGAUUUGGUAAUUAAGGAAUCUCUCCGGUUGUACCCAUCGGUCCCGAUGAUCGCUCGAAUUGCCACCGAAGACACCCAACUGGACGACAUGCCCAUCCCGAAAGGCACCUGCGUCAGUGUCGACAUUUUCCAAAUGCAUCGCGACCCGAACUGGUUCGCUGAUCCGGAAUGCUUCAUCCCGGAACGGUUCGACGCUGUCAAAGAGGGUGGACAGCAAAAUUCGUUUACCUACAUUCCUUUCAGUGCCGGAAGCAGGAACUGUAUCGGUCAAAAGUUUGCACAAUACGAAAUGAAGAUAGCUAUUACAAAGUUGAUACAAGCUUUCCGACUGGAGCUUCCGAAUCCCGACGUGGAACCUGUCCUGAAGGCGGAAAUAGUGUUGAAGCCUGCCGAAAAACUGGCAAUUCGUUUUAUUACCAGGAAUAACUAAUAAGAUCUCGUAUUUCAAGCAAUAAAAUGACAUGGAAAACAUUUAUUGAAAUAAA